AACACGUAAACAAGACCAGAUGCUAAAACACUGAGCUUUAUCUUUCUGAGUGUUAGAAUAUAAAUGUGUUUAACGCGAUUAUUAUUAUUCUACACAUCAGAACAUUUCAGUACAUUUUUAUGAUGCGCCAAAUUAAACCGAAGUGACCGGAUAUCCGGGACACAGGGGGGUCGUGACGUCAUCUGGAGCCGGUGAUGAAGCUGAACAUGGCGUCCGUGAGGAUGCUGAGUGUCCAAUCCGCCGUGAUGCUCCUGGCUGCUCUGCUCGCUGUUUUCGCGGUUGGAGAAUGCACAGAACAAGUUCCUCUGCUGAUGUGGACCAGUGAUGGAUUUUCAUUGCCACCCCAGAGUGACCUGGCUGCAGGUCACACCGUAACAGGGCAGAAGCUCCAGUAUUACCUGAACACUGCAUUCAGAUCUGCACCUCACAACGUCCUGUUAUUUUUUCAGGACAAGUUAAGUGUUGAUGACUUUACCAAGUACGCCGGUGUGUUUGGGAACAAACAGGGCAGUGCCUUUCCCAAUCUGGAGUCAAUGCUACAGUCCUCCUCGUCUCUGCUCCUCCCGUCAGUGUUGUCCUUGGCCAGCGCCUCCCUCCCCACACUACUGCAGGAGGAGCUGAACACCGCACCGCUCUACAUGGACCCUGACACACUCGCUCAGCUGAGACUCAAUGCCUCUGUCCCUGCUCUGCUCAUCUUCAGUCUCCCAUACAGCUCCUCUGGGGCUGAUAUGAUGUCUGUUAAAGAGGUACUCAGUGGCAACGAUGAGGUGAUCGGUCAGGUGCUGAGAAUUAUGGGUAGUCAAUCUAUCCCUUACACAGCUAUUUACACCGCCCUCCGUCCCUCACGGGUGUUGGAGGAGGCUUUUCCGGAGGUGCGUUCUGUUGGAGCUCGCUCUCUGCUGCAGUCCAGGCGUGAGAACUCUCCUGCUCCUUAUGCUCCUGUGGAGUUUAAGGAGCGUGGAUCUACCUGCAUCCUGCUGUGGGCCAAGAACCUAACUGUGAGUGAAUAUCGCUCAGGAAAGUGGGAGAGACACAACCUCAGCCCUAAAACCUUUGGAGAGGGGGUUUCUCCUGAGCUGGAGGGAUCUUCCUGUAAUGCCACAUACUCCAGGCUCGUCCUCAGUUAUGAAAACGUGUUAAGCUACCGCUCUUUUAAACUCAUCUUUGUGAUGACUCAGAGGCACUAUAAGGUUUCCGCACGCCGCUGGUUCACCAUGGAUCGGGUUCAGCUGCAGUAUGAUGGCAAAACCGCUUCGUUUAAUGCCAGCCGUGGAAUCUACGCUCCAGCUGAGUACUCGUACCGCUGCCACUCUGUCACCAGCUUCCGCUACCCACAGCUCACACCUCACUCAGCCAAGGACAACGCCAACGACUGGAGGAUCGCCUUCAACGACUUUCAGAUUCAGGGCUUUAAUGUUACAGGGAAGGAGUUCUCUUACGCCAGCGACUGCGCCGGCUUCUUCACCCCGGGGAUCUGGAUGGGACUGCUGACGUCGGCACUCAUGGUUCUGCUCCUCACCUAUGGCCUUCACAUGAUCAUGCAGCUGCACACCAUGGACCGCUUCGACGACCCCAAAGGCCCUGCUAUCUCUGUCCCACAGACAGAGUAACAAGCCCCGCCCCUCUCCACUACCAGACAAAUUGACAAGCCACGCCCCUCCAUCUCCCAGGUAGAGUAACAAGCCCCGCCCCUCCCCACCCCCAGACAAAUUGACAAGCCACACCCCCUCUAUCUCCCAGGCAGAGUAUUAACCCCCGCCCCUCCCCACCCCAAACAAAUUGACAAGCCACACCCCCUCUAUCUCCCAGGCAGAGUAUUAAGCCCCGCCCCUGUCAAUUCCGCAGACCAAGUGACAAUCCCUGCCUUGUCAAUCACACAGACUUUUUAACAAGCCCCGCCCUCUCUCUAUUCUGACCCUUUCAUUUCAUCAGUGCAAUAUAAGUAAAUCAUUCCACUUUCUUCCUCUGAGUGUGUGUGCAUGUGUGCGUGUGUGUGUGCGUGUGUGUGCGUGUGUGUGUGUGUGCAUUAGAUUGUUAUGCUUUCUUAUAAGAAUUUUGUUUGCGUUAGUGGUCAAAGUUAAUGUGAAGAGACUCAUGAGUUUGCUCAGAACGUUGCUCAUGUCCCUUUAUUCCCAAAUGUCAUCAGCGGCGACGUGUUCAGACGUGUUUGGUGUCAGAUGUUUGUUUGUUUUGUCUAACAGUAAUUUAACAGCAGUGUAAGAGCUCCAGAUUAAGCGUGUGUCACCCCACACUAGGGUCAGACUGAGGCAGGGGGCGUGGCCUAGUGUCUGAAGAGUGUAUAUUUAAAGUGAUUUGGUUUCUAAUAUAUUUAAAUUCUCUGGUGUUUUAUGAGUAUAUACAUAUAUUUGUGUAUACAGAGUGAUCGGUUUGAUGCUAAAUGGUUAGCGACAUUAGCCUCUCAUCUCCAGAGCACUGAACCUUCCUCAGUGGAUUGACUUCAUUCACACAAUGGAGUGUCUUAGUUGUGUAGUGUUAAUAACUAGUAAUACACAGACGUAAUUACCGGUUCUGCCACUAGAGGUCAGAUGUUGAAACAUAAAUGACUAAAAGAGGGUGUGUUUUAUUUCAUUGAUUAAUGCACCGUCUCUAAGCUCUGAGAAUCUGAGAUAUCUGUCUACAUUUUGGUCAAGAUGAUGAUAUUUAUUUAAAUAGAAACAGGUUGUUUAUAUUAUAAGUGUACGUAAUAUAAUAUGACAUGAUUGCAGUCGAGUAGCUAGAUGAACUUAUUUAUUUGUAACACGAGUGUGUUGUUGUUGUCGUUGUGUUUUGUGGAGUGUGUAUUAACAGGAUUAAAGAUAUUGUGUGUUGUUUAAGCUGUAAACACUCGGGGAAUUAAACCGAUGUACACGUUAAUGCUUAACAUAAAGAUCCUGUUGUGUGGAAUAAAUUCAUCUCAUCACGGUAUCAUUAAAGGGAAAAGGGACAAACUUUAGACUUUAUUCUUUAUUUAUUUACUGCAGAAGGAAACAAAAUGCAGCGAAUGUCGGACAGUUUUUGCUGUGAAUCAUUUAUUCUUCAUCUCAUUAUUAAUGUCAUUUGAGAUAUGAAGGAGGUUUACAUUAAGGAGAUAAAUGAUGAUAAAUGGAGGUUUCAGGUGACGUGGACUGUGGGAUGUACAGGACAGAUGUGUGUGUAAAAUAACACUAAAUACUUCAUUGUGAAUCAUUACAAUGUGAAAUAAAUGGAUAUAAAAUAAA